UGGAGAAGGAACUGUUUCAUCGCCGGAUCACUGGAAAAUGUCCAAGAAACGAGGGCUUAGUGCUGAUGAGAAGAAAACCAGGAUGCUCGAGAUUUUUCAUCAGAGCAAGGAUUUCUUUCAAUUAAAGGAAUUAGAGAAGAUAGCACCUAAAGAAAAAGGUAUAACAAUGCAAUCAGUGAAAGAGGUAGUACAGAGCCUAGUGGAUGACCAUCUGGUUGAUUCUGAGAAAAUUGGAACUUCAAUAUAUUUUUGGUCAUUUCCAAGCAAAGCUAUAACCGCCAAGAAACGAAAACUGAAUGAACUACAGAAUGAGCUGGACGAUUGCAAUAAGAAGCUGAAAAGGACUGAAGAUGCUAUUGCUACUGAAUCUGUCGGGCGUGAGAACAAUGCAGACAGGGCUGCCACUUUAGCUGAGCUGGAUGAGGUUGUGAAACAAGAGGAAAGUCUCAAGAAAGAGCUCCAAAAGUACAGGGAUUGUGACCCCGAGUACAUCUCUCAGUUGAAGAUUGAUACAGAGAACCUGAAAAUGGCAAUAAACAGGUGGACCGAGAAUAUUUACAUCCUAAAAUCCUAUAUCAAGAAUAAUUUUCAAAUGGACAAUAAUGUGAUUGACCAAAGCUUUGGAAUACCUCAGGAUUUGGAUUACAUUGAAUAA